GGGGCGCGGAGCCGGCGGCCGCGCCGGGAGGUGUCCGUUCGCAGCCCGCCUGCCGCCCGCACGCCGCCGCCAUGGCGCUCCUCCACACUCGCCGGCUCCUCGCCGCCCCCCGCUUCUUUACGGCCGCCGCUAACCGCGCCAGCUCCUGGUGGUCCCACGUGGAGAUGGGUCCCCCCGACCCCAUCCUGGGGGUGACAGAAGCUUACAAACGCGACAGCAACGCUAAGAAGAUGAACCUGGGGGUGGGAGCCUACCGGGACGACAACGGCAAGCCCUACGUGCUCAGCUGCAUGCGCAAGGCCGAGGCCAUGAUGGCAGCCAAGAAGCUGGACAAGGAGUACCUGCCCAUCGGGGGGCUGGCAGACUUCACCAGGGCUUCUGCAGAGCUGGCUCUGGGGGAGAAGAGUGAAGCUUUCAAGAGCGGCCGGUAUGUCACCGUGCAGGGCAUCUCUGGCACUGGAUCUCUGCGAAUCGGAGCCAACUUCUUGCAACGCUUCUUCAAGGCUGGGCGGGACGUGUACCUCCCCAAGCCGUCCUGGGGCAACCACACGCCCAUCUUCCGCGACGCCGGCAUGCAGCUGCAGUCCUACCGCUACUACGACCCCAAGACCUGCAGCCUGGACUUCUCUGGAGCCAUGGAUGACAUCGCUAGGAUUCCAGAGAAGAGCAUCAUCCUCCUGCAUGCCUGUGCCCACAACCCCACCGGGGUGGACCCUCGGCAGGAGCAGUGGAAGGAGCUGGCAGCCACGGUGAAGAAACGGAACCUGCUGGUGUACUUUGACAUGGCCUACCAGGGCUUUGCCAGCGGGGACAUCGACCGCGACGCCUGGGCCGUGCGCCACUUCAUCGAGCAGGGCAUCAACGUGCUCCUCUCCCAGUCCUAUGCCAAGAACAUGGGGCUGUAUGGCGAGCGUGCGGGCGCCUUCACCGUCAUCUGCAGCGACGCCGAGGAGGCCAAGCGGGUGGAGUCGCAGCUGAAGAUCCUGAUCCGCCCCAUGUACUCCAACCCGCCCCUGAACGGCGCCCGCAUCGCCUCCACCAUCCUCAACACGCCCGACCUGCGCCAGGAGUGGCUGGUGGAGGUGAAGAGCAUGGCUGACAGGAUCAUCAGCAUGAGGACCCAGCUGGUGUCCAACCUGAAGAAAGAAGGCUCCUCCCACAACUGGCAGCACAUCACCGACCAGAUUGGCAUGUUCUGCUUCACAGGGCUGAAGCCUGAGCAGGUGGACCGGCUGACCAAGGAGUUCUCCAUCUACAUGACAAAGGACGGACGGAUCUCGGUGGCAGGAGUGACCUCGAGCAACGUAGGGUACCUGGCUCAUGCCAUCCAUCAAGUCACAAAGUAAAGACACAGCUGUGCCCUGGAGCUGGUGGCUUACCCUGCCCUGCUGCUUGAAGCUGGGGAGGGAAAGGAAAACAAGCAGAACCCUUCCAAGCACAGCAACUUGCCGUGGCUGCUGAAUGUAUCUUGUUUAGAUGAGUUGUUGUAGAAGCCUUGUCCAACCCAUCCGACGUCGUGGGGCAGGGACAUCAUUGCUGGCUCCUGCUCGUCACAGCCUUCAUCCCCUGCUCUCCAUCCCUUGUCUGUCAGCCCCAGCACCCAGCUGCACUGGAGGAGGCAAACACAGCCCUGCCACCCUUCCAGCGCGGGCACCAAAGGCUUCCCCACGCUGCUUCCUCCGGGAGAAGGCUUUGUGAGGCUGCUGCCUGCCGGCCCCGGGAGGGCUGCUCGGGAUCUGUCCCUGCCACCUCCUCAGUCAGUCCUUGCUGCCAGCAGGCUUCUCCCUCCUCACAUCCUUCUAGCCCGGCAGUAGGCAGUGCCAAAGCUGCCCUCCGACCACCAGCUCAGAGGACUCCUCGCUACUGAAGUCUGCUCCAUCGCUGGCUUUGCUCUUCCCACCUGAGGCACCUCCUUUCCAGCUGAGGCACCUCCUUUCCAGCUGAGGCACCUCCUUCCCACCUGAGGCACCUCCUUCCCACCUGAGGCACCUCCUUCCCACCUGAGGCACCUCCUUCCCAGCUGAGGCAUCUCCUUCCCAGCUGAGGCACCUCCUUCCCAGCUGAGGCAUCUCCUUCCCAGCUGAGGUACCUCCUUCCCAGCUGAGGCACCUCCUUCCCAGCUGAGGCAUCUCCUUCCCAGCUGAGGCACCUCCUUCCCAGCUGAGGCAUCUCCUUCCCAGCUGAGGCACCUCCUUUCCAGCUGAGGCACCUCCUUCCCAGCUGAGGCACCUCCUUCCCAGCUGAGGCACCUCCUUCCCAGCUGAGGCACCUCCUUCCCAGCUGAGGCACCUCCUUCCCACCUGAGGCACCUCCUUCCCAGCUGAGGCAUCUCCUUCCCAGCUGAGGCACCUCCUUCCCAGCUGAGGCACCUCCUGUCAGGUGUCGCAGUGGCACUGGUGUGUGGGGUGCACAUGGGCUCCUCCUCUAACCCUGCCUGGUUCACCUGACACUCCUGUGCCCCCGGGCAGAAACGAUUCCUCGCCCAUCCCACUAAGAACCUCCUCUGCAAACUGCUCUCACUCGGUCUCCUCUCCCCACCACGAUCCUGUUGGGUCUCCACCAGCCCUCCCUGCAACGCAGAGUCUCUGUGUGUGUCCCAAAGCCAUGAGCCAAGAGCUGGGUGCCACCACAUCCACCCGCGGGUGGGGACAGGAGGUGUCCCUCACCUCUGUGCAGCCAAAUUCCUGGUGACACCGGCAAAGGGGAAGGGAAGGUCCUGAGGGCAGUCUCCUCCAAACCCACUGUGUCCCAGGCAGGUUGUCCCUGGGGCCUUGGGACUCGCUGGGCUCUGAGUUUUCGAUCCAAAUAAACCAGCACGUGGCUGUGUCAA